UUGGGAUUGGGAUGUAUUGGUGUUUUUCCGGUCUGUCGUGUUCGGUUUUUUUUUUUUUUGAUCCAGUCGGAUCCGAAGAAUGAAGAUGAUUCUUUGUAUUGCAUUCUUUGCGCGAUCUUUUCCUUGCGCGAUCUUUUCCUUGCGCCCCUCGUCUAGUACUCGCCUUCCUCUCCUUGCCUGUCUGUUCGAUCCUCUCGUUCUCCCUACGGCUGCUGUACAGCUACUCCGGUUAGUCGCUCCGUUGCCUCACUGCAGAUUCCCCACUUGCAUCUGAUGAAUGAAAUUCACUGUCGUAUUCCCCACUUGCAAUCAUGUGAAGGUGGCCUCGCUCCAUCUAUCUCCGUCUCACAACGUAGUGACAUGGAUAUCAAGCUCGCUUGCUCUCCAGUCUGUGAGGGUGAUAAUCACCCAUGGACCGCCCGUGAACGCAUGCCAUGGAUUUAAUCGUACAUGGAUCACCGUUUCCAUUCACUCGAUAGUAGUCUAUUGGACUACGUACAGAGACCAGUAGUUUUCCAGAAAGUCUAUGCCUUUCGCUGGGCAGGAGGGAAAGAACAAUGGCCGUGUCCUUUCCUGGGCUUGUUCUCCAUCCUUGUUUGUUCUAUCAGCUUCAGACGGAGUGGGAACAAAGGUUCCUCGAGCGUCAUGACUACCAACCAGAUAGCUGGCUGAUUGCAGAAAACCCCUUUCGUGUUUUCGUUUUGUUUCCCACUUUCUGUUCACUUUGCUCUGGUUCGCUCAUCAUUGUUCCUUCCUUAAAAGACAACCCCUGUUUUUUUAAGGACCUGCCCGUCGGCGGUUGGGAGCCUUCUUAAACACAAGGAUUGGCUGGUGCUCCAGCUUGCGACGGGGUUCUUUUUCUUCCCCGUCCGACUCUCUCAUGCGUAGGUAUUGUCGGUUCCUUCAGGGAGACAACGUCCAGACAAAGACAACCGGGGUGGGGGGUGUUGCCCCGGGGUAGGGGGAGAGGUGGGGGGGGGAGAAGCUCGAUAUGCUCUUCCUUCACAAAUUCUGCAUCUCAAUGCACAGCGAGCGAGCGAGAGAGAGAGAGAGUCUAUUCAUGAGCAUGGAUAUAUGCGACAUAGAUAAUUGGGCAAAGUCUGUCGUUGUGUGCGUUGUCCGGACUGGAGGAUAGGUUUUCCUGCAGAACAGUCUCUGCUUUUGACAGUACCAGAUACAAAAACUCUGAGCUGUCUAUCCUGUCCUGACGACGGCAGCAACCUUCUCUUCUCUUUGGUAUUAUUUGCCUGCAUGAGGACGACUUUUCAAAUUUCACAUUCCUUGUCCGUGCAGCCUGCCGUCUUUUACUCCGGCCUAUAAGCUUCCCAUCCGUGGUUUCAUGUCUGUCUUCAUCGCUUUUCCACGUAUUUUCUUCUUCGCCAUUUAUAUCCAUUUUGUAUAUACGAUCAACAAAUGUUGGCUGUUAUAUUCGUUUGGGGAAAAUCAAAUCUUGACUGGCUGCUAAGCCAUUGUUUGAAAUGGUCAAGGCAGAGCCCAGGUAUUGUAAAUUAGAGAAUGAGAGGGUUUGGGGCUAGAAUGCAGAGAGGAUGCAGAGGGGCAGUUUUAGGAACCAAGGAAGGUGAGGGGAGGGGUGAAGCAUGGUGCAGGCAGCCGAGGCAGAUUCCGAUGCGCUCCCAAGAGACAAAGAGCCUAAGCUGCCGGGUGUCUGAUGCAAAAGGCACCAGUACGGAAUCUGCUUGGCUACAGGAUAGACUUCGCUAUGCGGUCCUCAGAGACAAAGAACCCAAGCUGCUGGGGGUCUGAGGGGUCCCUAGUGACAAAGAGCCCAAGCUGCUGGGGGUCUGAGGGGUCCCUAGGGACAAAGAGCCCAAGCUACUUGGGGUCUGACGCAGAAGGCACACUUGCGGUAUCUGUUUUGCUACGGGGUAGGCUUCGCUAUGUGAUCCCGAGAGGCAAAGAGCCCAAGCUCCUGGGGGUCUGAGGGGUCCCUAGAGACAAAGAGCCCAAAAGCUGCUGGGGGUCUGAGGGGUCCCUAGAGACAAAGAGCCAAAAAGCUGCUGGGGGUCUGAGGGGUCCCUAGAGACAAAGAGUCGAAGCUGCUCGGGGUCUGAUGCAGAAGUCACAAGUGCGGUAUCUACUUGGCUACGGGGUACUAUGUUUAUCCCCAGAGGCAAAGAGUCCAAGCUGCUGGGGGUCUGAGGCAGAAGGCACAAGUGCGGUGUCUGCUUGGCUACGGAGUAGGCUUUGCUGUGCAGGUGACGACGAGGUGCAAGGAGGGUUCACUCAUAGUACGAGCUAACAGAAAGGCAGACAAGGGAGACAGAGGUAAACUGUGACGGAGGAGACGGAGGAGACAGAGGGAAUCGGCGCAUCCCAUCUUGCAAAAACCAUUCGAGGAGGAUUCUACCGCCAACCUUGCAAGACUAGGACCUGAAGCUGAUUCCCUGAGGGUCAGUAUCAGAAGAGGGUCAGUAUCAGAAGAUGUGAUGAAGUUGAAGUUAUUGAGUAUUCCAGCAAGGGGCACAGGGUAAGCACACCUUUUAGAAGACGAGAGCUUCUGAAGGGAGCUUGUGAAGCGAAGAGAUAGAAGGAGAAAACGUGGAGGUGGUUGGUCUUUAUUUGUCGUCAUUUGUUGUGGAUUAAAUUGCGUUGUAAUGGAUUUGUUGUAAUGAGGAGGGUUUCGAUUUCGUGGAAUGAGGCAUACAGUCGGUCAUUUACCUAAAUUGGUAGAUCUGUGGAUGCUUGGGUGGGAAUGAAUGGAUGGAUGAAGGUUGUUGGUUGAGAAAAUCAAGGGAGCUGCAAGCCACUGCAUUUGUGAUGUAUUCACUAUCGCAAGGGCAGAAAGAAGUAUUUUCAUUCGUUUUUAGUGGAGCAUUGGCUGAUAUGGAGUUUUCUGAUGCUGUUGUGGCACCUGCAGCUCCUUUACGUGGAGGACUGGGUUGGCAAGGAGGGAAUCUGGAAAUGUGUAACUCCAUAAAUCAGGGGUAGAAACUUUGGUUUAAGGGGAAGAGCGGCUCAGAGACAGAGAGAGAGAGAGAGAGAGAGAGAGAGAGAGAGAGAGAGAGAGAGAGAGGAGAGAAUCUGAGCAUAUUGCUUUAGCCGACGUGGCAUAUUGCCAUGUCAGCAAGUGAGUUUUGGUCCUAUUUUCUCUUUCCUGCUUAUUGUUAACCAUGUAAACUGGAAAACGGAUUUCUACACUCCGAUGCAAUCACAUUUCUGAUGCCACAUUGUCCACCACAAAUUGUUUCAGAUCUGGAUCUCACCGACUCCUUUGCCUUCGGUCCAUCGUGCAGCGUGACCCACCUGUGGCUGGCCAAGGUGGCCAUUUUGACCG